AUGCACAUCUCACGUCUCAUCCUACUAUUUCUUGUACAGAUUUGUCUGUCCUUUGAAGACUAUCAGUAUAUCCAAAAUGGCAUCUAUACAAUAAGCGAUAACUCUACUGGUCGAUUCGCAUCGGUUGGCACAAGUCCUGUUGACGGCAUCGUCGAAUUCAAGUUGAACACCAGCCAUAAAUGGCGUAUUUGGCAAACUAAAUUUACGUUGGCUUUUGCCUUUCACGUAAUUCGAGACGAAGACACCAAGAAAUAUAUCCACUUUCCAGAGAUCAAGGACGGCGCAAUCGCUGUCUUGAGCGACACCCCCUCGUUGGCCCGAGUAAAUGAGAUUCAUCAUACAUCCUAUGACUGCAAUUUCUUCUCAAUUGGAGCGGAUAACCGUCGACUCUAUUGGGUCACCGAGCCCUAUAGUAGCGGCGUUCCUACCAUGGUUCUCAAGCUUAAGGUAGACACGCCAAAGUCCCUAAGAUAUACACUCGUUCCCAAAGGGCAAGACUAG